AUGGUCGAACUCGAGUUGUAUUUGCGUGAAGAUGGAUAUAAAAUAUUGUCUAAAGCAAAGAUCUUAAACGAUGAAGACUCAAAAAAUGACCCAGAUGAUGACCCUUACAAGUCUAAAUAUGCCGCCAGAGAACUCUACCAAAUUGUCAAAAAUAAGGUGGAAAAUCUCAGAAUUAACGAUUGCGAAGAUGAGCUUGCCGUCAAAAUUCGAAAGCUGUCAACUGCAAUUUCUCUGAAGUUGGCCAUUAAUUAUGAGGAAACGGAAGAAUUGUCUACAUCAGAAGAGUUGUUGAAUAAAUGUUUAGAAGAUGUAGAGAAAUACAAGAUGCAGCAUGAUUGUGUUAAUUUGUAUCAAGCAGUUUUAAAUCAAUUGGCAAUCCUAUGGUCGCAUCGAAGAUCUUCAGAGAAAGCUUUGAAAUACCUAGAGCUAGCAGAAACUAUAUUUAAAACUUUUAAACAAGAGGAGGGUGACAGUCCCAUGAUGUGUUCAGAAUGGCUGGAAACUAUUGAAUAUGAUGAAGAGAAAUUGUUGAGAGAAAGGGCUGCUAAUUUUGAAAAUACAUACACCUUGACAUUAUAUUAUUGUGCUCAAGUUUUUACUCAACUUGAUGAGAAAAGUAAGGCAGCAAGAUAUUGUCAUGUAACUUUACAGCGUCAGUUGAAUUCCAUGAAGUAUGAUCCAAUUGAUUGGGCGUUAAAUGCUGCUACACUUUCGCAAUACUACAUAACAGAAAAUAUUGUUUUAGCUCGUCAUUGUUUAGCUGCAGCAAGUUAUGUUUUUAGUGAAGCUCACAAUGAUUCAGAUAUUGGUAAUGACAAAGAUCUUUAUGACCAGAGAAAAGCAGAUAUCACAAGAUGUUGGAUAAAAUAUGGUUUACAGAUAUUAGAUGCCUCUAAAGACUAUUUAACAGAGGAACUGGCAGAUUUAGAUGUUUGCUCUGAAGCACCUGAAAGCAAAAUAUUCUCUAGAGCAAAGGAAGAAGAUGAUUCAAAUGACCCAAAUUCAAGUGAUGACUAUGAUAUACAAAACAUAAGUCAGAAACAUCUGCGUUUUGAUCUAGAAUUGACUGUGCAUGAAGAGAAAAUUACUGAUAAACCUGUACUGGUGUUUGAUGAUGCAAGAAAAGUUUUUCUGCAAAUUCAAGAAUGGAUUCAAUCAGCAAAGGAAUAUUAUACUAUGAAUGGACAUUGCUCAGAUUAUAUUCAGCUAGUUCAAGAUCAUAGUUCAGCAUUCAAACAUUUGGCAUUCUUUGAAUUGGAUAUGGAUAGACAAUGUAAAAUGCAUAAAAAGCGUAUUGAUAUGUUGUUAGAGAUUGCUAAUGUUAUAAAUCCACAGCAUUAUUUAUUGGCUAAACGUCAAUUAAUAUUUGAAGUUGCUGAAACAUAUUCGUCAAUGGCUGAUCUUAAGCUGGCUAAAUUAGAAUCUGAACCACGAUCUAGAACUCCUCAUGCUGUAAAUAAAAUUAAUCAGUUGGCUACACAUGGAAUAGAGCAGUUUCAGGCAUACCUUGACUCCCUUAAAGACCCCAAAACAGGAUUUCCAUCUAAAUUAAGUGAAAAUGAUGUAAGACCGGCUCUGGUUGCUAAAUUCUGUAUGGGUAGACUGUAUUCUAAAUUAAUAUUUCCUGGGGUGGAAGAAAAACUUUCAAAUUUUUUGAAAAGUCUUGAGCAUUAUAAAUUUGUUGUAGAUUAUUGUAAACAACAUCCAGAAGACCAGGAUAAAGUUACUCAUGAAUAUGACAUUUGUGUUGAAAUGGUGGAAUUGCUUCCGUUAAAGAUGGAAAGAAUUAGGCAACUGAAUAGUUAA